AUGGCCCCCCGAGACGCUCUCCCUUCCGAUUUACCGCAAAGCCCUUAUUAUAUGAUCACCCCAGACCCCGUCCCUCCAACCUCGGCAACACUGCAAGUUUCAGCCCACUUUCUGGCCCGGCUCACCGCAUUGCUCCAAUUUGUCGUCACUGCUACAAAAAAGACGUAUAUUCAGCUUCGCACAAAGAACGCAAACGCUAGGGUGAUCUACAACGAGGUCUUGCUGCAACUCGCUCAGCAAGUACCAAACCAGGAGGCGUAUCGUCAUAUUCUACUGAAUGUAACACAUCUGGAAGACGUUGAGGCCGCCGUGGCCGCGUGUGAUAAGUUUGGACUUGGCGGGGUGCAUAUCUCAGGAGCAGUACUCAAGGCACUAUGCUCAGGACCUCCAUUGAGCAAUCAUGAAGGGCAAACCAUUGAGAGCAAGAGCGCGGAACUCGUGCAGAUUGACGCGGCUCUGGGGGUGUUGCAAGCCCAUCGUUUCGGCCGCGCGGAGGACACUCUCGCUGCGGACCCGGAAUCAUUGUUGCCGUCCUACAUCAUGGCCGCAUCAUGUCACUCUGUCCAGGACAUCUUGCUGUGCACCCCGCCCCCCGUCUCCAACUCAUCAACCCACCCGCCAGCUUUCACAUUUGCAUUUGUGGUCCUCUCCCCUGUUGCUCUAUCAACAUCGUGCCCGCCGCUCGACGCCGCCGCUACGCUGGGCUGGGAUGGAUUCGAACGUAUUCUGCGAGAUGCGAAAGAUGCGGCAGUGGAUCGAGUGAUACCGCCCGUGUAUGCUUUGGGCGGCGUGGGCUUGGAUGAUAUCAGCACUGCGAUGUACAAAGGAGCCGUCGGUGUAGCUGCUAUCAAAGCUUUCUGGAACGCACAUGACUUGGCCUGUGAUGUAUUACGUGCUCAUUUGAAAGCAAAAGGUCAUCUCAAACCGUUCACGGCAAAUCCAAAUCUCGAAGCGUAUCACGCAGAUGGACUGUGA